AUGGGUAGCGGCAUUGGAACUAUUCUUGCAUCCAUUGGUAUUCCAUUAGCUGUUGACCUGAUUAAAAAAAUGACGGCGGAAGUGCACCAAGAUUUGGAAGAAGUCCUCUGCAAGGAAAACAAGAUGGCCAUGGAGCCCCUCGAUUGGGUAUGUAUUGCAUGGUGGUGGUAAAAAAAAAGAACUCGAACGGGACACGGUCUGCUAUCAGGCAAAAAUUCACCAUUCAAAAACAUACCUCUGUUAAACCUCAUACUGCAAAACCCAAAUUCCACAAAAAUAUCCCAACGAGUAAUCAUGAUCUAACAAAAUGGUGUAAAUAUUUGAAUAUACCUAUAAAAGAUGUGCUGUCGAGAGAUCAGACAGUUCCUCACAACCGUGGGCAAACAUUACGUAUUUAUAAUCUUGAGCCAUCUUAUAUGAGUGGGUCUCAUUCGGUCUCAACAUACGUGAAAGAUGGUGUUAUCAAUUAUUUUGACAGUUUUGGGAUGCCUCAGUUUCAAGAAAUUGUUAAUCAUGCCAGAAGCAAGAAUCUGACGCUGCUGCAUCAAAACAACCGAUACAAAAUAUUAACACAACAACAUGCGGUUACUUCUGUUUUUACUUUUUGAAUAAAAUGAGCAAGGGUACAACAUAUUAUGAUCUGCUGGAUGUAUUUAACAUUCAUGACACAAUGAAGAAUGAGCAGUUUAUAGAAAAGUAUUUUAAAAAUAUAUAAUCUAAUAGUAUGGAGUCAAAUAGACUAUGUAUGUAUUGUGUAAAGAUUACAUUCCACUAUUUGAACAAGCAUUUUCAAUUUAGAUGUAUAACCUGCGCGUUUCCCAAAAAAACAAAACCAAUUAACAUUAUAUAUAUAAUGACUGAUAAAUUCUGUGUAUAUUGCCAAGAAGUUACUACACUUUAUGUGAAUGAGUAUGGUGCUUUAGAGUGCUGCAAUUGUGAACCUUUGAGUGAGAGUGAUUAUGAGAGUGAAUCUGAUAGCUCUCAAGAUGAUCCAACUUAUCUUCCAGACAGUGAUUAA